AUGAGCGGGAGAUGUGAAGAAUGCGGUGCGAAUACUGUCUGGGACCAGGAUGUCGGCUCCGCCAUCUGCCUCGAGUGUGGCACGCUCGCCGACCCGGCGCAGGCCGUCCUCUCCUCCCACCUCGAUGUCGCCGACACGUCCGGACGGGAGUUCAUACCGUGGGCGAACGUGCCCGGAGAAACUACGCUAAGGGGGCGGAAUGGCUGGGCCCUUGGCGGACAGGGAAAGGAGGCGAGGGAUCGCAAGAACACGAUCACUAUGCACGAGUUCAUACGGACGCUGGUGUUGCGUCUGUCCUCGCCGGGUGUCACACAGCGCGCCCAGGGUGUAUUCAACCAAGCCAUGCAAACGAGAAGCAUUCGCUGGGGACGCCAGGCCAAGUUGACUGCCGGCGCAUCCGUCGCUAUCGCUCUACGCGAGUCGCGCAAGAACGACAGCAUACGUGACAUUGCAUACCUCCUCGACGAGACACCUGUUGCGGUCUCUCGCGCGUUCACGAAGGUUACGCACUUCCUUGCUCUACUGCAGGAGUCUCAAGGCCCACCCGGCGGACCGGCAGGUGCGCUCCCCGCUCCACUCCUCAAAGCGCUCUCCCCACUCGCAUCGCGCAUUCUCCCCAUCUCCCAGACGACCUCGGCCCUCGCCUGGCUCCUCGCACGCACCCAGGCGCUCUCCCACCUCCCCACGCUCCCCACCGCCGUCGCGCUCUUCAUGCUCGCGCUCGAGGGCGAGCUCGCGGCGUCGCUCCCGCACGCGGGGCAGUUCGCGCACGCGUUCGGGGCGCGGCUCGGGGUGAGCAAGGGCGUGGUGAUGCAGCGCUACAAGCAGGCGUACGACGUCGUCGAGGAGUGGAUCCGGGACGUGCCGUGGCUCGCCGCGCACGAGCGCAAGGCGACCAAGGGCGGGCGGUCCAAGGUCGCGAAGCGCGUCGUCGUCGCGCGCGGCCUCCGCGACGUCGUGCAGUUCCAGGAGGAGAUCUGGCGCAAGCGCAUGGACGGCGCCGGGCGCCUGCCGCUCGCGCUCGACGGUGCGGACGCGGACGGAGGCGGGGGCGGGAGCGACGACGAGUGGAGCAGCCGGCAGAGCAGCGGCGGGUCGUCGGCGUCGGCCGCCAAGUCGGUCGCGGGCGACGGCGCGGGGGCGUCGCACGGGCGGAAGAAGCAGAAGGCGCGGCACGCGACGUCGGUCGUCGCGGCGUCGCAUUUCCUCCUCAACCCGCUGGCCGCCGCGGCGUCGAGCGGGACGUCGUCGCCGGGACCCGGCUCCGACCUCCCGAUGCACCUGCUCACCGCGGACGCGUCGUCGCUGCCGCAGGCGUUCAGCCAGCCGCCGACGCGCCUCCAGGUCCUCGCGGCCGCGCGCGGCGGGAGCGACGCUGCGCACGUCGCGGACGAGGAGCUGUUCGCGCCGGGGGAGCUGGAGGCGCUCGUGCGCGCGCCCGACGAGGUUGAGGUCGUGCGGAUCGCGAUGGGCUGGGACGUCGACUGCGAGCCCGAGGAAGGAGAUCGCGCGGCGAGCGUGGCGGCGGGAACCAAGAGGGUCAAGAAGCGCAAGCGCAAUGCGGACGGAGACGAGGACGAGGAGAAGGGGGAGUCGCGGGGUUCAAAGAGGAUCAACAUGGACGCGCUUGCGCGGCUGCUGGACGGAGAUGUGGAGGUGGAUGCCGAGGGAGCUUUCGCGGCGGACGAAGGAGAAGAGGGCGUGGACUACGAAUACGAAGAGGAGGAAGGCGCGGAGGACGUGUUCGAAGAAGACGGUGACGCGUCCGCGUCGAUAUGUGCGCGCAAUACGCGCCACGCCGGCGGAGCGGAAGAGGAGAUCGUUGAAGAGUGGCGGCCGAUGUCGCCCGGAGGCGGCGGGGGCGACGCGGAGAAUUGGUAUGACUUUUGA